GGGAGGGUGGCAGGCUCCGGCCCGCGGCGGGGGAGCAGAGCCCAACCGAACUGGGCAGGUGGGCCUGGGCAUCGCCAAGGGGCCAGGAACAGGAGGGGGCGGCCGAGGACCUGGCUCCCACGCCGCCCCGGACGCCGGGCCCCCGCUUAAUCCCUGGACCUCAGCUGGAGUGGGACCCGCCCAGGACUGGGGCCCCGCUGUACCCGAGCCCGGGGACCGACCCGGCGCCAGCUGGAGCUCCCUUCCCGAGCAAGACUUGUAGGGCUUCCUGGACAGGGCCUCACUCCUACCCAAAGGGCCUGGGGUGCCAGGGUGGGUGCCCUCUUCUCCUGGGGGCCUUCAGCCUGCCGUCAGCCAGAGAGCUGCGGACACUCAGGCAGCCCUCCUGCCGAGACUUGACCUUGGGGCUGUGGGCUGACCGGGGGAGCCUUGGUGGUGCCCUGCAUCACCUCCCCAGAGCUGGCAGGCUGCCUAACCCCGGGCUGCACAGCCAGUGUCCUUCCUGUUGUUUGCAAGUUCUGAAAAGCUCCCAGCAGCUCCUCUGCGUUGCUGGCUCAGGUUCUAGACAGGAAGGCCAGGCCCACAGGAUGUCUGGUGUCCAGGAAGGUAGCCCUGAAGACCUCAGAGACCAUCUGCUCAGUGGAUGGAAGUGCGCUUGAGAAAUGGAUGGCUUGGAGUCGGACUUCAACCUGAAAGUCGUCUUAGUCAGCUUCAAGCAGUGUCUCAAUGAGAAGGAGGAGGUGCUGCUGGACCACUACCUCGCCGGCUGGGAGGGACUAGUCAGGUUCCUGAACAGCCUGGGCGCCAUCUUCUCCUUCAUCUCUAAGGACGUCACCGCGAAGCUGCAGGUCAUGGAGCGUCUGCGCAGCGGCCCACAGCGGGAGCACUACAGCAGUCUGCAGUCCAUGGUGGCCUACGAGGUGGGCAACCAGCUGGUGGACCUGGAGCGGCGCUCCCGCCACCCUGACUCGGGCUGCCGCACAGUGCUUCGGCUGCACCGUGCCCUGCGCUGGCUACAGCUCUUCCUGGAAGGCCUGCGCACCAGCCCCGAGGAUGCCCGCACGGCUGUGCUCUGCACCGAUUCCUACAACGCCUCUCUGGCUGCCUACCACCCCUGGAUUAUCCGCCGGGCUGUCACCGUGGCCUUCUGUACGUUGCCCACACGCAAGGUCUUCCUGGAGGCCAUGAACGUGGGGUCCCCAGAGCAGGCUGUGGAGAUGCUGGGCGAAGCCCUGCCCUUCAUUGAGCAUGUCUACAAUGUCUCCCAGAAACUCUACGCUGAGCAUUCCCUGCUGGACCUGCCCUAGGGGCCAGCAGGCUACACGGGGCAAGUUUCCCCACUCCAGAGCUGGGCUGGGGCAGCCAGCUCCUAUCAGUCCCACUGUGGAGCUCUGUGGGUGCGCCAGGAAUGGGAAGAACACUGUCCCAUGUUAGCGCAGCUUGAUCAGAGCCACGGGCCCAGCGUGGCCCACUCGGGCUGUGCUUCUAGCCUGCGGCACGUGGGCUGUGCCAGAGAAAGCGAGCCCUGGCCUCUGCUCCUCCCUUUUCACUUAGCUCUGCCCAAGGCAGAGCUUUGCUUUACCCUCAGCUGAGUUACACGUGUGUCCCAGCAGGUCUCACCUAGACGGUGAGGUGCAGAAGGCAGGGCAGGUAAGGGGCAGGAUCAGCAUUCACGGGACACCCGGAGUAGCUGCCCCCUGCCUGCGAGCCAAGUUGUGCAGUGGGACAAAGUCACAGGUCCCCGUGGCACAGAGACUCCAUCCUGCUGCCAGCAAACAUAUUUCCAGGUGCUUGUCCACCCCUGGUCCACCUCGGUAUCUGUACCCAGGUACCCCCAGGCUCCUCCACACGGGGCUGGCCAUCCCCAGCACGGGGAUAUAACCCCUGGGCAGCAACAGCCGGGAGCUGAAGCCCUGAGUGGAGACCGGCCCUGCCUCUCUCUCUGCACUCUCAUCAGCUGCCCCCUGCAGCCACCCCGUCAGUUGGGUGCUCCCCCCAGCAGCUGCCUGUGAGUCUGCACAGCACAGCCCAGAGCUCUGCGGAGUCCACAGCUCUGCUGGUCCAGGGCUAGCCUCUCGCUCCCCGUCAUCCAGCAAGACUGCGUUCCCUCCUCCCUGCCCCUUGCUGCCCCACAGAGACUCAUGAGGUGGCACAUGGAGAGAGCCUGGACCACGUGCCCAGCUGACAGGCCAGCCAUCACCCGGCCCUCGGGGGCCUGGCUUCUCCUAACGCCGCUUCACUGGGAGCCAGGGCCCCUCGAUGCCAAGGGGACCGUGUCCACCGUGCCGCAGAUGCGCCUACGCGUCGGCUUGCAGAGACCCUGGAAAGUGUCAUCGGGUGAUGGUCUGUUCCGACAUCAAUAAACGCCACUCAGAACAGG